UCAGUGCAUAUGACAGCGAGGGUUGUUGUCAACAUGAAAGGUGAAACGCAAAACAAUAAAAUGCUGUGAACGGGAGAAAUCGACCAUAUAUCAACAAAACAAGAAUUAUUUGGAUUUAGCUGUCAACUAUCUGUUUAGUUAUGGAGAGUAUACACUGAACCGCAGAUGAAUGUAUAUUUUGUUUACACAUCCAAAGUGCUUUUGGAUCUGUUGUUAGCUAGAAAGCUAACGUUAGCUAGCUAGCUAACUCCAGCUAACUAGCUAGCCGGCGAUGUGUUUGUGAUUUGGUUGGCUAGCUAGCUAGCUAGUUAGCUGAUUGUUUCGAGUUGUUUUAUGGAGCUAGCUAGCCUGCGUGUUACACAACUAGUAGCUAGUUUGUCAUUGCUGUGACUAUAGGUUAGCUAACAAGCUAACUAACCAGUGGUGCUACAUUGUUAGCUAGCUAGCUAGCCUCAAGGUUUACAGGAUGAGUAACGUUAGCAGUCGAAAACGCCAGCAUUUUAAAGGAGCCGAAGUGAGCUGCAGUGUCAAAUACUUCUUGUUUGGAUUUAACAUCAUAUUCUGGUUACUAGGAGCAGCCUUCCUGACCAUAGGGCUGUGGGCAUGGGCCGAGAAGGGGGUGCUCUCCAACAUGGCGUCCAUAACAGACCUGGGAGGCUUCGACCCUGUGUGGCUGUUCAUCGUAGUGGGAGGAGUCAUGUUCAUCCUGGGAUUCGCUGGCUGCAUCGGAGCGCUACGGGAAAACACCUUGCUGCUCAAAUUUUUCUCAGUGUUCCUGGGUCUGAUCUUCUUCUUAGAGCUGACAGCAGGCAUCCUGACCUUUGUGUUUAAAGACUGGAUCAAAGACCAGCUCAACUUCUUCAUCAACAACAACGUCAAGGCCUACCGCGACGACAUCGACCUGCAGAACCUCAUAGACUUCACACAGGAAUAUUGGUCGUGCUGUGGAGCCCACGGUCCUAAUGACUGGAACCUGAAUAUCUACUUCAACUGCACUGAGUUUAACCCCAGUAGAGAGCGCUGUGGAGUCCCUUUCUCCUGCUGUGUCAAAGACCCUGCCGAAGAUGUCCUUAACACGCAGUGUGGCUACGACGUGAGACUUCAAGGGGAGUUGGACCAGCAAAAGUACAUCUACACCAAGGGUUGUGUGGGCCAGUUCGAGAGAUGGCUUCAGGACAACCUGAUCAUUGUAGCUGGGGUCUUUGUGGGCAUUGCACUUUUACAGAUAUUUGGGAUCUGCCUGGCUCAGAACCUGGUGAGUGACGUCAAGGCUGUGAAGGCCAACUGGUGACGCCAGGACCCUGGGGGAGUACUCUGACCUUUUGACCCCAACAUCCAACUCACCUCCCGCAGAACCGCUCAGAGGCUGAGAGGUGAAAACACAAAGAGCUGUUUACCUCUGAUCCUGCAAGGCUCGGGAACUACCACACACACACACACACACACACACACUGUUAAUUGCCAAGCUGUGCUGGGGACAUACACAAGAACACAUGGACACACGGGACUCCUGUGGAUGUGUAGCUCAGCUGAUCUGAAGAACUGGGGAGAUGAAUAGAAAUAGAAAUAAAUAAAUAAAUAGAUAGGGGACCUGGAUCAAAGCUGAUGAGAGGAGAGAUACAACUGUCUUCUUUUAUUCUGUCACCCAUCAGUCUAUAUCACCUGGUAUCUCCUCAACCCUACUACCACUAGGAUAUCAAACUCCCCUUCAGAAAGGCCUUCCAGGGCUGGUUGUUAGAUACCUACUAACCCACUUUUACAGCCUUUCUGUCUUCUGUACAGUACAGAUGCUAUACUGCUGUCUGACCUACUGGCCGGCUGACAGGAUGGCAUUUCUUCCCUAUUAUUCUUUUUGUCUGUCUGUCGAUGUUUUGAGUUUAAUCAAGCAGACAGACGGGUGGAGAGAUGAUGUUGUUUCUCUCUCAGCAUCUCUGAAGCUCGGGGCCUUUUACUUGGAUCUAAACUUUAACCUUCUACUGACCUUGAGUCUAUGUUAUACUGUGUUUAUUCUUCUGGUCUCCCACCACUACCUUUUGGAAGCUUUAAUUACAUUACACCUGUCUGAUCUGGCUGAUCUCGCUGAUCUGUCUGAUAUGGUUGAUCUGUCUGAUAUGGUUGAUCUGUCUGAU